GCCACCGCCACUCCACGUUGAACUACCUCCCUCAAGACACCUCCCCUGACAGAAUUGCGUUACGGUCUGCCCUUUCGCAACAAUGUCCGACGAAAAGGCCGUGCAGACUUCCUCGGUAGUGCCUCCUGCGUCUGCGGAAGCCUCCGAUGCUGCCACGCCAAUCAUGGAAGCGCCAGAACCCAAACCGGGAGUCGGUGGGCGGCCGGUUCGUUGGUACGACGCUAACCGUGCCGAGUCGUACACCCGAAUUACGCCCUUCCAGGAGAAGCAUGAUACCAGCGUAGAGUUCUUCUACAAACCCAUCACGUUGACUGCGUUGGGCGUCGGGUUGACCGUGUUGGCAUAUGUCGCCACCACCCAAGAUGUCCUGGAAGAAGGACGCGACAAGCGAAGAGUCGGCGCAUAUGCAGCAAUUGCUUCGUUCCUUCUUUUCUCCAUGAUUCAAUUUCGGGAUGGGCCGUUUGUUCGUCCUCAUCCAGCGUUUUGGCGUAUCGUGUUAGGUAUCAACCUACUGUAUGAAUUGGCCAUGGUGUUCCUGCUCUUCCAAGACCUUGAUUCGGCGAGAGCCAUGAUGACGUACCUGGAUUCUGGUCUGGGACGUGCCCUUCCCGAGAAGAGCUACGCAGAGAACUGUGACUUCACGCCCCAGAAUAUAUGGAAUGCUAUUGAUAUCUUUUGCCUCGCACACGCGCUCGGCUGGUUUGGAAAGGCCCUAAUCUUACGGGACUAUUGGUUCUGCUGGAUUCUCAGCGUUGCCUUCGAGUUCGCUGAAUACAGCCUGCAGCACCAAUUGGCGAACUUUGCCGAGUGCUGGUGGGACCACUGGAUCCUUGAUGUGCUUAUUUGCAAUUGGCUUGGAAUCUACCUAGGGAUGAAGACUUGUCACUACUUCGAAGUGAAACACUAUACGUGGCGCGGUCUGAAACAGACGCGUGGCUUGCGGUCGAAGACGAAGCGUGUCUUCAGCCAAUUCUCUCCUGCCGACUGGACAACCUUCCAGUGGGAAGGAACAGCAGGUUUCGGACACUAUUUCACGGUUGUUCUACUCCUCGCGGUGUUCCUUGCGGCUGAACUCAAUCCAUUCUACUUGAAGACCCUUCUCUGGAUGGAGCCCGAUCACCCAUUUGUAAUUGCGCGUCUUGCGGGUGUAUUCCUCUGCGCGCUUCCCGCCGUGAGAGAGCUCUACCAAUACGUCAAUGACCCAAGGAGAGCCGUCCGUAUGGGGCAACAUGUCUGGCUCCUACUCGCUACCAUCGGCACAGAACUGCUCGCGAUCACGAAAUGGAGUAAGGGUCAAUUCCCGACGCCUCUGCCGACGACAGUGAAGUGGGCUUGGGCAUUCGGCGCCUGUGUGCUCGUUCUGUAUCCGGCUGUUCAGUUCGGUAUGCCGGGUGCUUGGAAGUUCCUCCAACGCUCGCCGCACCAUAUUCAGUCCAAGAAAUCGCAUUGAGAGUGCAUCCGCUACCACGGACUUGCGCGCGCGAAGCCAAAAUACGUCGCUAGACUCUGCGGACCCUAUUGUAUGGUAUGCUCAAUUAAUUAUACGGGACGCUUGUUUGGCAGCGAACAGAAGAUCCUAUACGAGGUCCCUAAUGUGAUUGCGAU